GCCGUGAAGCGGCGCGGCUGCGCUGUCGCGCCUCCGCUGCCCCAGGCGCUCCUGUGAUGUUCGUUAUGAAGUGGACCGAGUCUGUGCUCGGUUUGAACCCGGGAACAUGACGUACCGAAGUCGUCGACAGCUGACCUGAGCUUCACACCUGCCCCCGCUCUAUCUCCGGACGGUCGGACAGAAGUGAUGGAUUUCGUUUUGGGCGGAGUGGCGGCAUGCGGCGCGUGUCUCUUCACCAACCCGCUGGAGGUCGUGAAGACGCGGAUGCAGCUCCAGGGAGAGCUCCGGAGCCGCGGCACGUACCAGGUUCACUACCGCAACGUUUUCCACGCUUUCUACACCAUCGGUAAAGUAGACGGACUGGCCGGCUUACAGAAAGGCCUGGUUCCAGGUCUGUUCUACCAGUUCUGCAUGAAUGGGGUCAGGCUCGGCUCGUACGCCAUCAUAGAGUCCGCCGGUCACAUCCACACCAAUGGCCGGGUCAGCGCUGUCAAGACCACGCUUGCGGGGGCUACGGCCGGGGUGGUGGGGGCUGUCAUGGGCAGCCCUGUCUACCUGGUGAAGACUCAUCUCCAGAGUCAGUCUACUUCAUCCAUUGCUGUUGGUCAUCAGUAUAAACACGAGGGGAUGAUUCAYGCUCUCAGAGUCAUCUACAGGCAGCACGGACUCCUGGGCCUGUGGAGGGGCUCCAGUGCUGCUGUGCCAAGGGUCAGCGUGGGCUCGGCGACUCAGCUCUCCACCUUCUCCUCCUCCAAGGAGCUGGUCRUGGACCUGCAGGUGUUCCCAGACAACAGCUGGCUGGUGGCUCUGAGCGCCGGCAUGAUCAGCAGCGUGGCGGUGGUGCUGGCCAUGACGCCUUUUGAUGUGGUCAGCACGCGGCUCUACAACCAGCCCGUCGAUCCUCAGGGCAAGGGUCAGGUCUAUAGAGGAUUCACCGACUGCUUUUCCAAGACGCUAAAGAAAGAAGGUUUGACGGGACUCUACAAAGGCCUGGGAGCCUCUUAUUUUCGACUCGGGCCCCACACCAUCCUGUCUCUGUUCUUCUGGGACGAGCUGCGCAAGCUGGGCCAGAAACUCAGAUAACCCCAGGGACGAGGCAAACUGGGAGAUGGGUAACUCAUUAAGGCUAAAUGAGUCACCAUUUGCUCAUUUUACAGCAGGGAAAAAUCUGAUGAGGCCUUUUUUAAUAUAAGGACAGAACAAAGGUUACGUUUUAAAAUUCACUGAAAGAAAAAAAUCUAUAAACUGAAAAUAUGCAGGUUAUUGAAGUUGGAAGCUUAACCCUCCUGUUAUGUUCGUUAAGUCCAUUCCUAACUAUUUCAAUCAAUAUUUGUGAAUUGCAAAGAAACAAAUAGUAUUGGACACUUUUGACUCUUUUUACCCUUCAUUUUGACUGCCGGGUCAAAGUGACCCGAACAAUAUCUAUGUAAUAUGUAGAAGGGGGGGGCUGCAAAAAAGUAAAAUGAACAAUUUUCAUUUUAUAUGCAAAUUGUACCUAUUACGACAAAUAGAUAAAGUUUUAUGCAGAAAAAAUACUUUAAACUAUUUUUUUUCUUUAAAACGGGUCAAUUUGACCAGCAACAUAACAGGAGGGUUAAUUAUUUAUUUGACAAAUUAAAGUGUCUGACACACGUUUAAAGCACUUAAAUGGGUCAUUCCAAAAUAUUUAAAUGGAUCUGCACUUUAAAGCUCGCAAAGAAAAGCAUCAAAUUUUGCCCCCAAGGAGGUUUGAACUCCACCCAAGAGCCAGAACAUUUUAAUUUAAGCUUGUCAGACAGGUUUUAAAAUGUUUCUAGGAAGUGAGACGAAGUCAUUGAGGAACAAAAGGACCACCGACUUUACGAGUCAGCACAAAUAAUCAAACCAGAACCGAUAGAAGUUUCAGUUUAAAUCAUAGUGGAGAUAUGAAUAUUUUAAAUAUUGACACAAACAGUUUUAAAUAAGACAAGAAAAGACAGGUUGUUGGAACACGUCCCUCCAUCUCUACCUCUAGAAGUUCUUUCAGAUGUCCACACUGGGAGAAGUACAUCCAGUAUUGGUACUGACCCUGUGAAACUGUAAAAACAGGACCUGAAAGUAAAGUUCAUUUGUUUCCAUCCGCAGGGUAUUGUGAAACCCACUGGUCUAUACACAAAGUUCUAAUAAUGUUUGAGCUGCUUUGUCAUUUUUACGCGGCGCUCUAAAAGACAGGUCAUCUUACAUGUUGCUAUUUCAGGAAGAAAAUAAAUUAAAAAGUGGAGAAGAAUUUCACUGCAGUGAACUUUUAUAAACAUAAUAAAACCCAAAGGUACAUUGAAGCAGGGAGAACAAGUGGCCCAGCAGGUCCUGGCAGACUGGCCCACUUACAGACAUAGAAGAUGUGUCCAAUAAAUGACUCCACUGAAUCAAACAAAAUACUUAUUGUGGUAGACUUUGGGAUGGAGGACAGUAUUUUGCUAUACUACGGUAUUAAAAUAUGGUACCUGUCACAUGAGGUGAUGCACCAAAUUUCCUCAAGGCUGUUAUAAAACCUGGGACAUAAACAUUUUCAGUUCUUUCAGAAGACGCUUCUUAAUG